AUGGAAAUGGACGAGCGUAUGAGGAUCAAGGUAGAGAAAGAGUUCCACUCAUUACAUAAACUUAGCCACCCCAACAUUGUCAAAAUGCUUGGAGCCUCACAUGUCAGUUCGCCGCCGUCUAUCGUCUACGAAGACGCAGCGAAUGGAAACCUCGAAUUGUUUCUCGCUAAGUCGAAUAACAAGCACAGCAUGUGGCAACUGUUAUUUGAAGCAGCUCUGGGUCUUAAUUACCUUCACAAGGAGGGCGUCAUUCAUAGAAAUUUCAAGUUAGGCUAUAUCCACAUCGGUAAUGACGGACAAGCGAAGCUAUCGGACUACGGUCUGAGUAUGCUACGAAUUUGCUCAAUGGUCUAUUCGAAUAAGCCGGUGCUUGGUGGAUUGAGAUGGUUAGCACCCUAG